GUACCUCUUACCGGGUGUGGACACGCUGCCGGAGAUGCAGAGGACUUUGCUGGAUAUGGAAGACGGCUGCAACUAUGCGCAUUCCAUCGGCGACCUAAACACCUGCCUUUGCGACUGGUGCAAGCAGCAACCCCGUCAACCCUGGCUAGACGAGCAGACCGCACGAGUGGAGGUGAGCUAUGUUGUGUUCAACGCACAGUAUGGGCUCUACACCUACGUGUCCAUCAACUUCUUAUUCAAUCGAGGGGGACAUGUCUAUCGGUUUACGGACAUGAUCUCCUGCUUCCAGGACCCCCUGCGGACGUCGAUGGGCAAUUCCAUUCCCACUGCUAUCGCCAUUGCGAUUUGGGCAGUUCUUCAAGUAAAGCUGCUGAUCGAUGAAAUCCGCGAUGCGAUUCGCACGGUGCGCUCUUCGAAGCAUGGGAUCUGGCGGGGUCUGCUGCGCGACUACCUGCACUUUUGGAACCUAGUCGAUUGGUUGUCGAUGAUAGUGGCCGGCAUGGCCGUCUUCUUCUGGCUCAAUGUCCGCACUCAGGUGGAUGCAGUGAACUCGCUGAUGCCGGCCACCGUGCGAGCCACGAUGUACCCGACCGGGCAAGCUGUGGGAGAGAGGCGAGCCGCGUAUCAGCCCACUGCGGAGGCAUGGUUCACAGCUGCGGAGCAAAUGAGCCUGGCAAAUUCCGCCUGCACCGUGACCAUCAUUCUCUACCCCUUGGUCAUCAUGCUUCGCCUCUUUAAGUCCUUCCAGGCACAGCCGCGGUUGGCCAUCGUUACGGAGACUAUAAAGACUGCCAUUCCAGAGCUGGCCCACUUCUUCAUCGUGGCCCUUUGCAUGUUCGGAUGCCUCUUU